GAAAAAAAAAAAAAAAGAUUGAGAGAGAAAGAAGGAGGAGGAGGUGGGGAAAGACCUGGCUGAAUUAACAGACUCAGCAGCAGCUCCGGCUGCAAUUCAAGGAGAGUCGCUACCGUUCCCUCCCCUCGUCGCUCGCCCACGCCUCCCAAGAGAGGGACAGACAGAGGUGCGGACAGACAGGGAACAGGAGGGGGGCGGUAGUCAGAGGCUGCCCAAGGCCCCAGAAGCCACUGAGGAGAGGAGAAGGAUGCCUGCCGGGCUGAAGAACAUGGGGACGCCUAGGAAGAGGGGAGACACUUUGCAUCACAGCUUCUUUGCAGAUCUCCUUGGGCCAGAGACACGCAGCUGGAGCCCUGUGGCUGCCUGCUGGGAGGGAGACACGGCGUGAAAGACAAACCAGCAGCCGAUACCCCUCCCUUUCCUCCUGGAUCCCCCAAGACGGGCCAGUGCUACUGGCCUGGCCCCUCCCAUGCUGCAGAAAUCGCGGCCUCAGAAAGGGCUCUCGUCUCCAGCCUUAAUUUCUCCUGAUCGUCUCAAGAACAUUUGCCCCAAGCACAGACCCUCCGAGGAGUCUAUAUCGUCAUCCUCCCAGGGUUUGACCAUCCAUGUGGUGCACCUGUUCGCUGGAUUUCAAAUGCCCUUUCUCUGCUCUGGCAUUAAUGAGCACUGCACGCCUCCAGGCAAAGGCCUGUGGCUCCUGUUGUGUUGAAGCUGGAUUUGCUUUGCAAUUAAAAUACACCUUUGGUUUCCGUGGGGCUAAAUCCCUUGGCCUAGCUCCAGUGACACCCGGUCUGCAGCGGACAUACACGUGAAAGGGAAUGAGGAAGUUUCUUUCCUGGGCUCAAAGCUCUGUCCCCGGAGCGUUAACGAACCGGAAGAAAAAUUCCCGGCUUCUAGUUGCUUUCUGCCCAUCUUUGAACACCCGAAGGGCCGAUAGAGGGUGUCGACGGAUGGAUGUGGCUACGUUUCUUUCGGCUCGCCGCUUCGCAGGCUUGGCAGGGUGACAGCAAGCAGGCAUCCAAAUGGACUACUAAAGCUGUGUCUGAAGCGGCAGGGCCCUGUGGUUCCUGGCCUAGGAAACACACCUCCGUGGCGUAAAAGUGGCCCUGGAACAUGAGGGACAAUGGUUCAAGGCCCAGCUUUGGCCUGCCGCCGGCAUGUAGCCGCUUUUGCCCGUGAGUGACUCCCGCAUACUCCUUGCCCUGCCUCGGUGCGUCAUGUUGCUCCUGGCCAACUAAAAUGGGCCCAGGUUGCACCUGGCUGUGGGGCGAGGGGCCCCAGUCCCGCUGUGCCUCUGCCAUGCUCCUGGCCCCCUUCCUGGUUGCCGUGGCCACGGCCUUCUCUGGAGCCUGCGCCAGCUGCCCCGUCCUCUGCAUCUGCCGCAGCCAGGUGGUGGAUUGCAGCGGGCAGCGGCUCUUCUCGGUGCCUCCUGACCUGCCCCUAGACACCCGCAACCUGAGCCUGGCACAUAACCGCAUCGCCACCAUCCCCCCGGGCUACCUCACCUGCUACGCUGAGUUGAGGGUGCUGGACCUCCGGAAUAACUCCCUGGUGGAGCUGCCGGCCGGGCUCUUCCUGACCGCCAAGCGGCUGGUCCACCUGGACCUAAGCUACAACAACUUCAGCCACGUAGCCGCCAACAUGUUCCAGGAGGCCCACGGCCUGGCGAGGAUCGACCUGAGCCACAACCCGUGGCUGCGAAAGGUGCACCCCCAGGCUUUCCGGGGGCUGGCCCAGCUACGGGACCUAGACCUCAGCUACGGGGGACUGUCCUUCCUCAGCCUGGAAGCCCUGGAAGGUCUCCCGGGGCUGGUGACCCUGCAGAUUGGGGGCAACCCCUGGGUGUGUGGCUGCACCAUGGAGCCGCUCCUGAAAUGGCUGAGGAACCGCAUCCAGCACUGCUCCUCAGAUUCCCAGCUGGCCGAGUGCCGGGCCCCACCCGAAGUGGAGGGCGCCCCUUUGUUCUCGCUCACAGAGGAGAGUUUCAAGGCCUGCCACUUGACCUUGACUUUGGACGAUUACCUCUUCAUUGCCUUUGUGGGAUUCGUGGUCUCCAUUGCCUCCGUGGCCACCAACUUCCUGCUGGGAAUCACCGCCAACUGCUGUCACCGCUGGAGCAAGGCCAGCGAGGACGAGGAGAUAUAGACGCCCGGCCCUGGCCACAGUGCCCCUCCCCCCAGUGAUGGGGGAGACGGCCUCAAGAGCCGGGGUUGCCUGGCUGGGGGUGGCUAUCUGUGCUCCACCACAAUUCGUGCCCUUUCCUCCUAGCAACAGCCCCGGGGUGGUCACAAGCUGCUCC